UGUAAAUUACUCUCUAUAUAUAGAAGCGACCCAUUACCCAAUAUCAAACUUUCACUUAACCCUCUCUAAUAUCUUUCUCCUCAAGCCUCCAUGGAUAACUCAGUAGCUCCAAUCAUGAGUGUUAAUGGACACCAAAACAUCCCAAAUAAUUCCGCCAAAAGAAAACCCUUAAAGGGAGGCUGGAAAGCUGCCAUUUUCAUCAUCUUUGUGGAAGUAGCAGAGCGGUUCGCGUACUACGGAGUCUCCGGCAACCUCAUCUCCUACCUCACGAAUGUUCUCGGACAGCCCACCGCCACGGCUGCCAAGAAUGUCAAUGUGUGGCAAGGCGUGUCUGCAAUCUUUCCAUUGCUUGGUGCCUUUGUUGCUGAUUCAUACCUUGGCAGAUUCAAGACAAUACUUGUGUCCUCCAUUAUAUAUUUCAUGGGACUGGUUCUGCUAACUCUAUCAGUCUCAGCAAUCUCAUUGCACCACCGCCGCGCGGUUUUCUUCCUAGCCCUGUACAUACUGACCAUAGGCGAAGGCGGGCACAAGCCAUGCGUGCAGACAUUCGCGGCGGACCAAUUCGACGAGGCUCUCCCGGAGGAGAAGAAGGCGAAGAGCUCAUUCUUCAACUGGUGGUACUUGGGUAUAGUGUGUGGUGCAACCACGGCAGUGCUGGUAGUGAUUUACGUGCAAGAUUAUAUUGGGUGGGCCAUUGGGUUUGGAAUGCUGGCGGUGGCCGUGGCCGCGGCGCUUGGGCUGUUUCUGAUCGGGAGGAGGACGUAUCGGAGGCAAGCUCCGAUUGGUAGCCCGUUUACUAGGGUGGCUCAGGUGGUGGUCGCCGCUGUGAGGAAGCGGCGCGUGUCUGAGACGCGCGGUGGUCUGGGUGUUUGUUAUGAUGAUGGGAGUGUUGGGACAGAAGUUGAGGGACAAAGUAGGGUGUGGACUUUGGCUCGGACCAAUCAGUUCAGAUUUCUGGACAAGGCAACGAUCAUCGACGACAAAGAUGCAUCAAGCGAAACAAAGAACCACUGGAGGCUAUGCUCAGUCAACCAAGUGGAGGAAGUGAAGCUCAUCCUCCGUCUAGUCCCCAUUUGGCUAGGUUGCUUGACGUUCACCAUUGUCAUUGCCCAACUCGGCACCUACUUCACAAAACAAGGCAGCACCAUGAUCAGAUCAAUUGGAUCCUUCCAUUUCCCUGCAGCCUCACUUCAAGUGGUCCCCGGCUUCACAAUCCUCACCGCGGUCCCAAUCUAUGACCGGAUCCUAGUCCCAGCAGCCCGGAACAUCACAGGGCACCACUCUGGCAUCACAAUGCUGCAGAGGAUGGGAAUAGGGUUUUUCCUAUCCGUGCUCACAAUGGUGGUAUCAGCUUUAGUAGAGGCCAAAAGGGUCAGCGUUGCAGCAGACCACGGCCUCAUUGAUGCCCCAAAAUCGACAGUCCCAAUGAGGGUGUGGUGGUUGCUCCCACAAUACAUGCUCUGUGGGCUUUCUGAUGUGUUCACGGUGGUUGGAAUGCAGGAGCUGUUCUACGAUCAAAUGCCGGAGCAGAUGAGGAGCAUGGGGGCUGCAGCAUAUAUUAGUAGUGUAGGAAUGGGGAGCUUCUUGAGCAGUGCUGUGAUAUCUAUUGUGCAGGCCAUUAGCUCAAGGUUUGGUAAUGAGUGGCUUGGUGACAAUCUUAAUAGGGCACAUCUUCAUUGCUUUUAUUGGGUGCUGGCAGGGUUGAGUGCUGUGAAUUUGUGUGUGUAUCUAUGUGUUGCUAAGAGGUUUGUGUACAAGAAAAUUGAAUGGGAUGGUCCAACUGAAGAGAAAGAGUUAAUGUGAAAUUAGUAGUAUAUGUAUGUGUAGUGAGUCAAUACCUUGGUCACAAACUCUGUUAAAUCAAUAGAUGUUUAUGUAGAUGUCCUCUCUUUCAAGGGUCAGUGACUUUUGUUAAAAUCAAAAUGGCUGUUCCAACUUU